CGGAAAAAAAGUGAAAAAUUUGAAAAAUUAUGGUUAUUACCAUUCCAACUGCAAAAUACGUAUUACUUAUUGCUGGUAACGAUGUCGGACGAUACUAAUUCCGGAGUGGAAGAACAGCAAGUAGGUAAGGAAAUCAAUCUUCUGGUGGAAUUACCAAAGUUGUUGAAUGCUGGAGACAAUUUACUCAUUCCAUCCAACUCAGAAGAAACCUUGAAUGAUUUAAAACAAUCAUUAUUGAUUAUUCCUAUCACUAAAAAUCUUACUAAUUAUAACUUAUUCUUUCAAAAUAUUAAUUUAACUGAAACCUUUGAUUCACUCACUACUUUUGGUCAAAUUAUUGAAGAAUUAAAUGUACAAGUGGAUACUGAAUUAAAAUUAAUUGUAAAGGAAAAGCCAUAUACUUUAGCUGCAGUUUAUGAACAAAUCUCGAGAUUUAGAGAAGUUAUUGGUUUACAUUAUAUUGAUAGAACUGCAGAAGACACUGCUGCUUCUAGAGGUGUAAGUGUUUUCAAUAAUUUAGAAUUAUCACCAAUUUCUGAACCUGUAUCAGAAGAUAACUCAGAAGAAACCGAUAAAGAUAAAGAUAAAAUUCAAAUCUCUGAAGAUAAUUUGAAAAUUCUUUCAACUGUUAGUGAUGAAAUUUCCAACAUUUCUAUCAAGGCCAAUUUCCAUCCUAAAUUUGACAGUAUUAGUGAUAAAUUGAAAAUUCCAAUUAAAUCAUUAACUAUUUCUCAAUGGUCUCCUGUACCUUCAUUUCAACAAAAUAAAGGUGACUUAUUGUAUUUAACUUUACAAUCAUUAGAAGGAGAAAUAUUUAAUAUCACCUGUCAUUAUUCUGGAUUCUUUGUUAACAGAUCCUCAUCUGCCAAUUUUAAUCCUGAAUUAAAAGUUCUUGAAAAGGGUAAGUUCUUUAAACAUUUUAUUUUGUAUAAUUUAGUUGAACAAAUCUCUUCAUUAUUUGGUAAGACCAUUGAAGAAAAUGAAGUUAGAUUAUCAACAUCUUCUGAACAUCCAGAAACUUAUUUAUUACCUCAAAAUUCUACUUUAGCUAGACCCUGGAUUGUUGAUACCAAAACUCUUACUCAUAAUCCAGAUGGUUCAAGAUCUCAAUUACCAUUGAUUUCUAAUGGUGUAGAUGGUUCUGAUUAUGUUAAAGAUUGGAAUGAAGAUAUUCAAUCUAUUCGUGAUUUACCAACUUCAACUAUUCAAGAAAGAGUUCUUAGAGAUAAAUUAAUUCAAAAAUCAUUUCAUGAUUUUACUAAAGUUGCUACUGAAACUGCCAUUAAUAUCAUUAAAGGUAACUUAACUCCAAUGAAUCCUAAUGAAGAAUCUGAAAGACAUAUAUAUUUAAAGAAUGGUAUAUUCUAUUCUUCUAGUGCUACUACUGCCGAUGUAUAUGAAGAAUCGGGAGCUGAUGAAGCUGCUAGAUAUGUUGCUAUUAAGGAUUUGGCUGGAGUUAAAGCUAUGAAUAGAGCUGAUAUAAGUGGAAUUCAUAAUUUAGUUACUGCUGUAGUUGAUUAUAUGGGUAAAAGAAUCAUUUGUCAAGCUCCAGUUCCUGGUAUUUUCACUUCUAAUGUUGAAGGUGAAGAAGAUGAAAAAGUUGUUUAUGGUUUAUCUACUGAUGGAUCUAAGAUAUUAGAGGAUGAAUCCUUUGAAGGACCAUUAAAAUCCAUUGCUGAAGUCUUUCAUUUAAAGGCUCACAAGGUUGAAGUCAAUGAAGAUAUAAAAUCAAAGGGUGAAUUAGUUGUUUCUAAGGAUACUAAAGGUAUUAGAGGUUCUGAUGGACGUAAAUAUGUUAUUGAUUUAUUCAGAACUACUCCUCGUGAUAUUACAUUCACAGAAGCUAACUUUGAUUUAUCAAGGGAAGAUUCUUAUCCUCAUGGUGAAUCACUUAUUAGACAUGAAGCUAUAGCUGAAUGGUGGAAACGUAAAGCUUCAGCAUUAUUCAAAGCUGAAACUGAAAGAUUAGAAAAGGAAGGUAAGACUCUUGAAGGUAAGGAUGGAGAAAAACCACAAAUUGUAUUACCAACUGAUCAAAUAGUUUUCAAUCCAGAUGCAUUUAAUGUUGCUGGAGAAUCAAAGGAAGAUCAAGCAGAAGUUCGAGAUAUUUCUGAUUUUAUUAAAGAACAUUUAAUUAAGGAAUUCUUGGAUAGUUUUGCUGAACAACUUGCACCAUUUGAUGGAACUCAAUUGACUGAUUUAUUACAUAGAAUUGGUAUUAACUUGAGAUACUUGGGUUAUAUUGCUGAACAAGCAUUAGUUAAGAAGAAUGAAGCUAUUGAAAAGAAUGAAAAAGUCAUUGCAGAAAAUGAAAAGGAGAUUGAAAAGAGAAAGGCUGAAUUAGAAGCUGAAAAGGCCAAGCAAGAAGAUAAGAAGGCUGAAGCUGAAGCUGACAAGGAAGAAAAAGAAAAGGAAGAACAGGAAGAAGAAUCUAAGGCUUCUAUUGAACAAGCUGUUGCCAGUUUUGAUGUUCUUUACAAACUUUCCGUCCAAGAAAUGAUUGCUAGAGCUUCUAAACAUAUCUUACGUAAAUUGGCCAGCUCAUCAUCUCCAUUGUUAUUGACUCAUUUAGUCUCACAUUUCCACAACUGUUUAUUGGGUAAGGCAGUCAACUCUAAGCCAGUUGCUCAAAUUGAUGAAACCCUCAAAUCUUUCUUAACUGAAGAACAAUACGGAUUCGUUAAUCUCACCAGUGAAUCUGUUCAUGAACUUGUUUCUAAGGAAGUUUUCUCUCGUUUCAGAUACCAAUUACCAACUGGUUGGGAAACUUCUUUGAUUAGCUCUGCUCAAUUAUUAAGAGAAAUCGCCAUCAAAUUCGGUAUUCAAUGGAAAUCUCAAGAUUAUGUAUUUACUGCGGAAGAAUUUGAAGCUACUAAGGAUCAACUUGCUGUUAAGUCUAAACAAAUUGAAGUUGGUAACAAUAAGAAGAAAGGUAAGAAAUCAGCCUCUAAGACUAACGUAAUUGAAAGUAUUAUUGUUGAAAGAGAUUCUAUUUUUGUUGCUGAAGAUAUCGUUACAUUCGUACCAAACGUUAAGGACUCUUCUUAUAGACCAUCACUUCUUGAUGAAAUUUUCCAAGGAGUUAGAUCUAAUCUCUCUGAAGAGCAAAAGGAAUUAGGAUUCUCACUUUUGAAUGAAUUACUUUCCAUUAAUGAACAAAUUUAUGGAAGAGUUCAUGUUGAAACUUCUAAGCUUUAUCCAAGAGUUGCCCAAAUUUAUUCUGAUCUUGGUGAUGAUAGAGAAGCUGCUCUUCUUGCUCGUAAGGCUAUUAUUUUAGCUGAAAGAGCUAGUGGGUUUGAUUCCUUUGAAGCUAUUAAUGCCUAUAUGAAUGCAGGUUAUUAUGAAUCUGCUACUUUAAACUUGACUAAUUCUUUCAAAUUAUAUCAACAUGCUAUUAAUACUUGGACUUCUGUCUUUGGUAGAGAUCAUCCUGCUUUAAUUAAUACUUUAACUAACUUAGCUGAUAAUUUAUUCAAAGUCAAUUUAAUUAAUGAAGCUGCCAAAUUAUUUGAACAAGCUCUUGAAUUAUCUAUCAAACUCAAUGGAGAAUUCUCUCAAGUUAAUGGUAUUAUUUACUACCGUUUAGCAAGUUUAUUAUUGAAUGGUGGUAAGUUUAAAGAGGCAUUAGAGAAAUAUGGAAAGGCCGAAGAAAUUCUUAACAAGACCCUUGGUCCUUAUGAUUCUUUAUCUAAGCAAGCUUCUAAAUACGUUUCCUCCCUUACUACUUAUCAAGAAUACGUUAAAGUACAAGAACAACAAAAGAAGAAACAAAUUGCUGAACAAGCUGCUGCUACUGGUAACAAUAAAGUCAGAGUUAAAUCUGCUGCUGAAAUCUCUUCUGCUGCCGCUGCUUCCAAUGGUAAGAAAUCGGGUAAGAAAUCAUCUCCAUUACCAGAUCCAGAAAUUGCUAACAAAUCAAUUGAUGAUAUCUUAAAAUUCAUUGAAGGAAACCAACCUUCCAAAUCCAAAAAGAAUAAGAAAUCUAAGAAAUAAGAAAAGAAAUACACCUGUUUAUAUAAAAGAACGUUUAAAUAAUCUGUACAUAGUUGGCACACAUAUACGUUAGUAAAUAUAGUUCAUUUUUAUUGUCAUUACGUAAAUCUAAAUAAAGUCUAUUCCUGAGGGUGAGAAUGAGAAUGAGAAUGAG